AAUGGCUCUAUUUGCAGGGCAGUGAUUGAGAUACCUACCGAAGAGGUUUUAUCAGAAGAACGGGCAUGGAAGUACUUUAGAGAUGUUGUGUUAGGCAUUGAAUAUCUUCACUGCCAGAAGAUCAUCCACAGAGACAUCAAACCUUCCAAUCUUCUUCUUGAUGAUAAGGAUAACAUCUUGAUAGCAGAUUUUGGGGUUUGUAAUCAAUUCGAAGGCGUAGAUGCUAUUCUCUCUGGGACAGCUGGAACACCAGCAUUUGUUGCACCAGAGGCUCUUCGAGGUAACAAAGGAAGAUACAGUGGAAAGGCUGUGGACAUUUGGGCAAUGGGUGUCACUCUUUACAGCUUUGUGUUUGGGAAUGUUCCAUUUCUUGAUGAUAACAUUCUGGUGUUGUACAACAAAAUCAAAAAACAACCACUGACUUUCCCCACCAAUCCUCAAAUCAGUGGUGAGCUAAAAGAUUUGGUGAGACGGAUGCUGUACAAGGAUCCAGUUGAAAGAAUAACAAUAUCCGAGAUAAAGGCCCAUUCAUGGGUUACAAAAUUCAAUACCUAUCCUCUUCUCACUGAGGAAGGAAACUGUGUACUUAUUGAAGUUACACAAGAAGAGAUUGACCAGUGUGUGUGGUCAGUUCCUAAACUCGAUACUCUUAUCCUGGUAAAAAGUAUGUUGAAGAAACACUCCUUUGGAAAUCCCUUCAAAGACAAUCAAUUCCAGUGUCAAAGCCAGUUCCUUAGAAGGGAACGUUCCAACUCUGCCCCAUCGUCAUAUGAACUUUACAUGGAUAAGUAAAUAUGAUGUUCUACACGGUUGCUACUUGGGCUAGCCACCUGGGUGUGAAACGUCUUGGUUUAAAACAAUACUGGCCAACCCCAGA